AUGAAUAUACACAGAGCUGUACCGAGGGUAUAUGGAUUACUGGUUACACAAGUAAACACAGCUUUCCCAUCAAAUACUAUCCUAAGGCAACAACACAAUAAAGCAGAUGUCAAUGAGCACAGAGCAAAAGUCAUGGCCCGAGGGCUGCCAGAGAAGAAGCCUUUGCCUGGAGUUAAGAGUAUUAUACUUGUGGCAUCCGGUAAAGGAGGUGUGGGGAAGACUACCACUGCUGUGAAUCUCGCAUGUGCUAUGAAAGUGAUAGAGCCCGACAAGGAGAUAGGUCUGUUGGACGCGGAUGUUUUCGGACCGUCUGUGCCACUAAUGAUGAACAUCAGUGGGGAGCCCAUGCUUAACGACGAGAACCUCAUUGAACCACUUCUCAAUUAUGGAGUCAAAUGUAUGUCCAUGGGCCUGCUGGUGUCCGGGGAGAACGCGGUGGUGUGGCGUGGACUCAUGGUUAUGCAAGCGCUGGACAGGCUAACCCGACACGUGGCCUGGGGACCCUUGGACUGCCUCGUGGUGGACACGCCCCCCGGCACUGGCGACACGCAUCUGUCCCUCGCACAAAACUUGCCCAUAGAUGGUGCAAUAGUCGUAACAACUCCACAAUCGGCUGCAUUGCAGGUCACAAAAAGAGGCGUCAACAUGUUCGAGAAGCUGAAAGUUCCUAUAGUAGGCUUGGUCGAGAAUAUGUCGCAUGCGAUAUGUCAUAAAUGCGGUACCAAAAAUUUCGUGUUCGGCAACGAAACCAAACAGACAGCCGAUCAAAUGGGAUUAGAAAUAAUAGAAAGCUUCGAAGUGGACUCGAAUAUGUCUGAAUGUAUAAAUAGCGGGAAGCCAGCGAUAUAUGCAUUACCAGAUAGCGUUCACGCGGAGAAAUAUAGGCAUUUAGCCAACAAAGUGUUCAAAUAUAUAAGCGACAAACAAACAGACGCGAAAGCCAACAAACAGUAGCAUUAAAUAAACUCAAAUUUAGUAGUUGUUGUAAUUGUACCUAUUUUAAAAAAUAUUUUACAAAUAAAGAUCUGUUUUACAUAA